AUGAACUAUCUGAAAGGGGAGGUAGAAGGACUCCUACAGAAUGAACUAUCUGUAAGAAGGAAAGGGGAGGUAGAAGGACUCGUACAGAAUGAACUAUCUGUAAGAAGGAAAGGGGAGGUAGAAGGACUCGUACAGAAUGAACUGUCUGUAAGAAGGAAAGGGGAGGUAGAAGGACUCGUACAGAAUGAACUAUCUGUAAGAAGGAAAGGGGAGGUAGAUGAACUAUCUGUAAGAAGGAAAGGGGAGGUAGAAGGACUCGUACAGAAUGAACUGUCUGUAAGAAGGAAAGGGGAGGUAGAAGGACUCGUACAGAAUGAACUAUCUGUAAGAAGGAAAGGUGAGGUAGAAGGACUCGUACAGAAUGAACUAUCUGUAAGAAGGAAAGGCGAGGUAGAAGGACUCGUACAGAAUGAACUAUCUGUAAGAAGGAAAGGCGAGGUAGGAGGACUCGUACAGAAUGAACUAUCUGUAAGAAGGAAAGGGGAGGUAGGAGGACUCGUACAGAAUGAACUAUCUGUAAGAAGGAAAGGGGAGGUAGAAGGACUCGUACAGAAUGAACUAUCUGUAAGAAGGAAAGGGGAGGUAGAAGGAUUCAUACAGAAUGAACUAUCUGUAAGAAGGAAAGGGGAGGUAGAAGGACUCAUACAGAAUGAACUAUCUGUAAGAAGGAAAGGGGAGGUAGAAGGACUCAUACAGAAUGAACUAUCUGUAAGAAGGAAAGGGGAGGUAGAAGGACUCAUACAGAAUGAACUAUCUGUAAGAAGGAAAGGGGAGGUAGAAGGACUCAUACAGAAUGAACUAUCUGUAAGAAGGAAAGGGGAGGUAGAAGGACUCAUACAGAAUGAACUAUCUGUAAGAAGGAAAGGGGAGGUAGAAGGACUCAUACAGAAUGAACUAUCUGUAAGAAGGAAAGGGGAGGUAGAAGGAUUCAUACAGAAUGAACUAUCUGUAUGAAGGAAAGGGGAGGUAGAAGGAUUCAUACAGAAUGAACUAUCUGUAUGAAGGAAAGGGGAGGUAGAAGGAUUCAUACAGAAUGAACUAUCUGUAAGAAGGAAAGGGGAGGUAAAGCUGUUACAGGUUGUUAUGGGGGGAUUGAAAAGAAUGAUAUUAAUGGGUCAUUAGGGCACAAAAUAAACAGGAUAUUAAUGGGUCAUUAAGGCACACCACAUGUCAGACUGAAUUUCACGAAAAAAUAUUAUUCCUUUCUGAUACUUAUAAGGCCCAAGUGCUGCAAAACCUGAAUUAAAAAUCAUCCAGGCAGCAAUCGCCAACCUUUUCAUGGGGAAUGAAUGAAUGACAUAUGCAUCAUAAUAAAAUGUAAUGUUUGCAGCAGAGAAUUGGCAAAUGUCACAUCUGUCAUGUCCAUGUUGUACUGAUGACUUCUAAUAACAUCUGAAACAUUGCAGGUGCUUAAAACAACAGACACACCUAUACACACACUUGUGCAUAUGUUCAAGCACGCACACAAUGGCAGACACGCAAAAUCAUAGGCACACAAACACCAAAAGACACACAGACAUACAAAGACAAAAAGGGAUGCACCUGCACACCCACACACACAAACAUGCAUGUUUGUGCAUAUAUAUUCAGGCAUGCACAAACUGAUGAUACACAUAGACACAGGCACACAUAGAUCAAAAAACACACAGAUACAGAUAGACAUACACACCAAUACACACUCACACAUGCAUGUCUGUAUUUAUCACAUAUUGUGUUAAUAACAUUGCAGUGUUAUAUUGCAAAUUCUGUUGUGGAACAUUAUGAAUAUGUCUCUUAUUCGUGGCUUAACAGCCUAUUCACUGGUGACCAAGGUUACCCUGUAUUAAAGGGAAGGAGUUUGCUGGUUGUUUCAUUUUAAACUGGAUCUCUUGUAAUAAAGCCUAAUAUAGUUGCAGAAGUUUGAUGGGAAAAGUUCUACAUGCUGUUUUGGGAAUAGGUUAGAGUGACAGUUAAAAUGCUGCACCGUGCUAAGAAUUCAGCAUAAAUAAUAAACUCUAUACUAACAGAA